AUGUCGCAGCACGGGGAAAUCACCCAGUCGAAGUGUCAGCAGGAUGAGUUUGUCGAGACCAUCGAGGCCGAAGAGGCUGGAAAGCCCACCUCAUCAGUGCACGUCGAUGCCAGCCCCAAGCAGGAUCAGGCGCUGCAGUUGAUCGAGGAUGCCGGAUACUCGACCACCCUGACCCCAGAGAACAACAAACGAGUGUUGCAGAAAAUUGAUCUCCGUCUACUUCCCAUCCUCUUGUCUAUCUACUUCCUGCAGCAACUCGACAAGUCGACUCUUUCCUACGCUUCCGUCUUUGGACUGGUCGAGAAAGCCCAUCUGCAUGGCAAGAUGUACUCCUGGCUGGGAUCGGUGGUCUACCUGGCCCAGCUGAUCUUCCAGCCCGUGGUUUCCUAUCUGCUGGUCAAAGUACCCAUGGGCAAGUUCAUGGCUGCUUCUGUUCUUCUUUGGGGUAUUUCCUUGUCCUGCAUGACAGCCGCAAAUAGCUUUGCUGGAUUGUUGGUUUGCCGCCUAUUCCUGGGUAUCUUUGAGGCUGGUAUUGCACCCGCAUUCAUCGCAGUCACGCAGAUGUGGUACCGACGACUUGAACAGCCUGUUAGACUCGGUUCUUGGUACGCUAUGAAUGGUGUGGUCAACAUGGUUGGCAGUCUGAUCACGUACGGUCUUGGUCACAUCCAUUCUUCAGUCUUUGAACCCUACCAGAUUAUCUUCCUCUUCUUUGGACUCAUCACUAUUGGUGUUUCCGUCGCUGUUCUCCUCUUCAUGCCCGAUUCCCCCACGACAGCCAAAUUCCUCAACGAAGAAGACAAGUUGGUCGCUAUUGAGAGACUGCGCAUGAAUCAGCAAGGUAUUGAGAGCCAUGAAUGGAAAUGGGAUCAUGUCAAAGAGGCGUGCUUGGACCUCAAGUCCUGGUUCUGGUUUGCCUUGAUGUUUACCAUCUCCAUUCCAAGCGGUGGAAUCACCACUUUCGGUCCCCUGAUCGUCAAGUCAUUUGGCUUCAAUUCUCUUAAUACAAUCCUGCUGAACGUUCCAUUCGGUGCAGUUCAGCUUAUUGCUACCAUGGGAGGCGCCUGGUUGGCCACCUAUUGGAAGAAGAAGGGUCCCGUUCUGGCCCUUCUUUGCAUUCCUCCUAUUGCGGGAUGUGUGAUGCUUCUGCGCAUUACCCAUGACGCUGCUCACAAGGGGCCCCUGCUUGCAGGAUACUACAUUAUCUCUGUUUACCCCGGCAUUACUCCUCUGAUCUACUCCUGGUCUGCGGCCAACACUGCCGGUGAGACGAAGAAGAAGGUGACCACGGGUAUCCUGAUUGUGGGACAGUGUGUUGGUAAUGUUAUUGGUCCUACUCUUUACACCACCGAAGAGGCGCCCCUUUACCACCGUGGACUCCUCUCCAACCUCGCCCUGUUCUGCAUUCUAUUCUGCUUGAUCCUGCUGAACAUGGGAUACCUCACCAUUCUCAACAAGAAGCACGAACAGCAACGUGUUGCCGCCGGCAAGGACGCCAAGGUCGUCGACCACUCAAUGAACGAAGUUGGAGCUGCUCAAACCGACAAGGAAGGCAUGCCGGUGCAGCAAGUAGCCAACGACAACGCGUUCAAGGACCUGACGGACUGGCAGAACGAAGACUUUGUAUACGUAUACUAG